CUUAUUAAUUAUUAGUAGUAUUUAGUGGCUUGUGGCUUAGUGCACGUGGAGUGUUCCACCGUCAAAUCGAUUGCAGGCGUCACGGAUGGUGCGUUGAUGGCGCGGCGACCGCCCCACAACCAACCACCCCUUGAAGGCGACGGCGGCAGGCGGCGGCAGCGGCAGGCCCGGCGGCGGGUUAGGGUGGGCAGGUGCCGCUGUGGUCAGCAGAAUAUUAGCUAGGCGAUGGCUGCUUACUUAUAUAACUCAGAUGGCUGCACAAUCACAAGUACUCUCAAAUCUCGAUCAACAGCAGAGCACACAGAGGCUAAGAAAGAGCUCGAACAAACAGAGUAGAGAAUGGCCGGAGGCGAUGGUGAGCUGAAGCUGCUGGGGAUGUGGGCGAGCCCGUUCGUCCUGCGGGUGAAGCUCGCGCUCAGCUUCAAGGGUCUGAGCUACGAGUACGUCGAGGUGGACCUCAAGAACAAGAGCGGCCUCCUCCUCGCGUCCAACCCGGUGCACAAGAAGGUGCCCGUGCUCAUCCACAACGGCAAGCCCGUCUGCGAGUCGCGGAUCAUCGUGCAGUACCUCGACGAGGUCUACAGCGCCGCCGCAGCCCCCACCUUCCUCCCCGUCGACCCCUACGAACGUGCCACGGCACGCUUCUGGGCCGCCUUCAUCGACGACAAGUUCUUUGCCUCGUGGUUGAAGGCGGGCAGGGGCAAGACGGCGGCGGAGAAGGCGGAGGGGCUGAAGGAGACGUUCGCGGCCGUGGAGACCCUGGAAGGGGCGUUCCGGGAGAUCUCCAAGGGGAAGCCCUUCUUCGGCGGCGACAGCGUCGGCUACCUGGACAUCGCGCUGGGGGCCCUGCUAGCGUGGAUGCUCACCGCCGAGGUGCGUCAUGGGUUCAGGCUCUUCGAUGCCUCCAGGAGCCCGCUGCUGGAGAAGUUGGUGGAGCGCUUCAGCAAGCUGGAUGAGGUCGUCGCGGUCUUGCCGGACAUCGACAGGCUGGUGGAGCACACCAAGGUGAGGGAGGCCGAGGUUGCAGCUGCUGCUGCUGCCGUGAACAACUGAACGAAACGUCUCGGUGUUGAGGCGGAGGAUGUUGAGGCGGUGAUGUGGAAGAUGUGUAAUGAAAGAAGUACUAGUACGUGGUCGCGUCUCUUAAAAUGUCCGAACCAGCGAGUUUUCAACUUUCUCGCAAGUUAUCUGCUCAUCCAUUUUCUAAAAGAAGAAACGCGAGUUGCAGAGUUAAGCUCUGUUUGAAAGUCUGGAAACGGUGUUUCGAGGGUAUGCCUACUGAAGUUUGCCAUCAAUUUUACUGGUUUCUAAGGUACUGUUCUUCUUUUUGAAUA